GGUCCCCGUCCGGCGUCCCGCUCCUCAGAAACACUGCGAGCGGAUGAGCGGCCGCUGACCAUGAAGCCAACGCUGCCACUGCUGCCGCUCCUGCUGCUGCUUUCCGCGGGUCCUGCGUGCCAAAGUGCCCCAGUUUCAUCACAGGCGCUGGUUCCAGAGCAGCCACUUCAGCUGCUGGAUGAGAUAGAGGAUGCGUGUAUGAGCUUCCUCUCUGCAGAAGCCAGGCCGCAGGAUGUCGACACACUCGGACAACUUUGCUACAUGGCGAUGAGGGCAGUACAGCAUUCUCAGGACUUCACAGGCAGGGGUGACGCUAAAAGGUUUUUAUUUCACUACAGUAAGAGCCAAGAUUCUGGAGACACGGAGGGCACAGCACCUGUGCUGCACCCUUUGCUACAGCUCGUACCGCAGCUACACACCAGGAGACUCAGGAGAAUCACCUUUGGGGAGAAUCUUCAUGGACCAGGUGGCAUCCAAAGCAGAGGCUACUUCCUGUAUCGGCCAAGAAAUGGAAGAAGAUCAGUCACACUUGUUUAAAAGGGCCUGCUGGGAAGGACAGCGGUGCUAGGGACGCACUUCCUGUCUGGCCCGGAGCUUCUCUAAUAUCCUCCCAAACCACUGUAUAGUGAUGUUGAAUGUAUACAGACAAUAAUAAAGACAUUUUGAUUUAAA